GAUGGACAAUAAACUAGGAGUGUUUUGGUAUCAAUUUUCACUUUGACACUUGGGAUUCUGUUGUUCCAGAAGUUCUCUUCUGUUGAAUCGAAACUCAAAUUAGAGCACCAGACUGGAAAACCUGGAAAUUUAAACACAUUCCAGCACUGGAAUCAGGAGCUGUUUUUAUGGAUACUCACUGUGACGAUGACACAGAAUCACUUCCUUAAUAAGAGAUUCAGAAGCAAUCAGAUAUGGUGACGGACACUCCUACAGGCCUGUCCGAAUCAGGACAAGGAGGUGACACCCUUUUCCUCUUUUCAUCUAAUUCCUCUAGUGCUGCCUCCUGCAACAUUGAUGAGUCCUACAAGUACAUCUUCCUUCCUAUCUGUUACUCCUUCACAUUUGUCUUUAGUAUCAGCCUCAAUUCGGUGGUGCUCUAUCGCUCUUUUCGCCGUACCAAGCACUGGAAUGUGUCCCUAAUUUAUAUGGUGAACUUGGCUACUACUGACUUUAUGUAUGGCCUCUCCCUGCCAUUCCUAGUAGCCAGUUAUAUCAUGCAUGACAACUGGGUCUUUGGAGAUUUCAUGUGUCGCUUGGUGCGCUUCCUGUUCUACUUCAACCUGUACUGUAGCAUUUUUUUCCUCACCUGCAUCUCUGUGCAUCGCUACCUGGGCAUCUGUCAUCCCAUGAGGACCAUCACUCUAGAGACCAAGCGGGCUGUAAAAGGCACUUGCAUUUUGGUGUGGCUUGCUGUCUUUGCGCUCACAUGCCCAAUUUUUCGAUUUGCGCAAACAGAGCUUCUUUCCCGUCGAAAAGACAGUGGAGCAAUAGAGGUACUUGAAGUGGAUGGUGACACACAGAAGUCCAACAUAAGUCCAAAUGCUGAGAUGUUCCAUAACUGCUGGGAUGAUGCUAUUGAUAAGGAGUUCCAGGACUAUGUUCCUUAUGGAAUAACCCUCCAUCUCUUGGGGUUCUUUGUGCCAUUUAGCAUCAUUGCCUGGUGCUACUCACGUGUGGUUAUGACUAUAUUUCGAACACUGCACUCCCAAACUCCUGCUAAUGAACCAAGGACAAGACAAGGAAGCAAGGCAGGGACAAGAGGAGAAGGCAUGUCCAUUAUUCUCGGGGCUCAUUCACCUUAUGUAAACAGGCGUCGCAAGUCCAUCAAAACCAUCAUAACCAUUACUCUCCUCUUUGCCCUUUGCUUCUUCCCCUUUCACGUUACCCGUACUAUUUUUUUGGUGUUGAAAGUAACCAGCAGGGUGCAGUGCCAUACGAUGCAGAUGGUCUCAAUUUGUUACAAAAUUACUCGGCCACUAGCAUCCUUCAAUGCCUGGCUUAAUGCAUUGCUCUAUUUCCUCACCAAGGAAAAAAGUGGACCCUGUUGCAACAAACCACCACCUUCCCGACACGGGCUCCUUUGGCCUUUACGGAUGCUGGGAAAAGGAGGGAACCAGGAGGAGGAAGCUGAAGAGGCAGUGAACCAUAAAAAUAAUGACCUCAAGGCAGAAAGCAACAUAUUCACAGACUUACCUUGAGACAAAAUAUAAGAAAUAUGUCAAAUGUGUUUGGAUAUGAAUUGCCCGGAUAUACAGUCAUAUGUAUUGGGAAAAUCUCUUAAAAUUGAUGUAUUCAUUUAUUUCCUUGUGAACUAAUAUAAAAAGUAGGGGGAAAAGAAAUUUGUCAAUUGAUAAUCUAAUAGUGAUUAUCAGAGAGCAAUGAUAAAAUUUGAUUCAUGUGAUUCAGUAAUCUUAUAUUAAAUAUGGUCUGUCUUUUGACCAUUUUGCCCAUAUUCCUUGACAUGAUAUUACCGACUGCUGGGACACAAAAUAAAACUAUAGGAGGAUCUGUUUAGCUCAAUACUGCCAUUGGGUAUUUUGGUCAAUAUCAGUGAGUGCUGUGACAUGUAAAUGAUUAAAAUGUAAAUAAAUUAUAUUUCUGUGUACUUUUCAGCUCACUAAAAGAAAUGAAACGUUUAAUGUCUCUGCUGUUCCUCUGUAAAUAGACAAUGUAAUAGAACAUACAUACAUAUAUAUGUAUGUAUGUAUGUUCUAUUACAUUGUCUAUUUACCAAAUAUCCAUCAAAGUCCAUUUUAAACCUCUCAUGCGAGAGGGAGAGAGGUUAUAUAUCUGGCUGUUAAUUAUUUCCUUUUGCUCAGUGGCCAACAAUUAAGGACAAGUUGUACACAUAUUUAACUGUUAUAAUUUAAAAGACUUAAGAUUUACAUUUGUGACAUAGUUUGAUUUGUCAGAGAUUAUUUUUCAUGCAUAUUCCAGUUUUCCACUGUUUUCAAACUGUCUAGGGGAGCCUAAAUGGACCUGAAGGGUUAGAGUCCAGUACAGAUUGGUGAUUUACCUACUCUAACACUCCCAACCUACUAAUGAGCUAAUGAGUUGAAGCUGCUGUAAUACAGCAGGGAAAUAACUAAACUGUGCUGGACUCUGACCAUACAGGUCCACAGCUGGGUUCCUGCUCUGAAAACAGACAUGGCAUUGCCUCCCACCAUCACUGUUUCCCUGCUCGUCACUUUAUCACUGGCUCCAUAAAAGUGGAGCAGAUCUGGAAUAGACCUCUACUACUGCUCCCAAGUUAAUAAAACGUUUGUCGUUCAGAGUCAAAACCCUGUGUGCUGCUUUAUUUGUCCUGGGAUAAAAGAAAAGAUCCUGGCCCUUAGUGCUUGAUCAAAGAUUAAGCGUCAUAGUAACAGAAAUUAUGUAUAAAUGGAAAUACCAGCCAGUGGAGUUUCUAA